AUGUGCUGUUUAGGACCAAAUCGUUCGAUAUUAACUAUACUAGAUGAAACUUUUGCAUUUGAUUCUAACGCUGAAAUCUAUAGAACAUUGGAGAACAGUGAUAUUAAAUCUAAUGAUAUUAUUGAAUUUGCAAAUGGUUGGUACGCCUAUCCUGAUCUUAAUACAUUCGAUAGUCCUUUACUUCUCGCUACACUUACACUGCGCAAUAUCAAACCAUCAAAAGCUCUCUCGCCAUGGAAUACAAAACUAGAUAAUUCGACUACUAUUCCUCUUACUGAAAUCGCUACGCGUCAAUUAGAAGCAUUAUUUAAUUUGUCACAAUUGCUUUUUGGCUUAGCUCGAGGUGAACAAUCAAAUUAUACAUUUCGCGAUUUACAAUUGGGUCAUCCACCACGCAGAUUUCGUGAAGCAGGAUUCAAUAAAUUCCCAAAUAACAAUAGAUCGACUGAUUUCUUUGGUACUUUUCAACUCAUUGUCAAUGAUAUACUCAAAUCAGGCGCUAUAGAUAUUGUUUAUAUGAUGUACAAAGAUCCUCGCAUUCGAUGCGUCAAACAAAAAUCUCUCGACUUAUUAACGAAUAUAACGACCAUCAACGAAGUCGGAUAUUUUAUUCUCGAUCGCUAUUGUCAAUUUCUUAUUCAACUUAUACAAGGUAUUCGUGAUGGGCAUUUAAUUGAAGAAAAGAUUCCAUCGUUAUCUGUUCUCAUACGUUUAUGUAAAGUUAUUGUUGAGAAAAAUCUUCUUAACCAUUAUCAACAUUUGAUUGAUAUGCAAUUCAUUGAUAUAUUGAUUGAUCUUUUUGAAUAUCAACAAUAUAAAACAAAUGAAUCGAUAGUUUAUUUUAUAAAAUUUGAAUCGCUUGCUCUUCAAUGUCUUUAUAUAAUGCUACAAUGUGCUUCUCAUGUUGAUAUGUGGUCAGAAAAAGCUCAAAUACGUUUAGUAAAUUAUUGUUGUACAAUAUUGUAUAAAUCAAUUUUGGACGAUGAUGAUGACGACAAAUGUGACGAUUAUUCGAAACGAAUAGAAAUCAAUCAUAUAUUGUAUGCUGAACAACAUGAAAUGACUCAUUCGUUGAGUUAUAGUAUAUUAACAUUUCUGAGUAUUGUUCGAUGUCGAAAAGAGAUCGGAAGGUUCUAUCGUGAAAAUGAACAUUUUCGAGAAUUACUGAAUGCAAUGAGACAAAAGUAUAAUUCAAGAAACAAAUAUCUAUCACGAGAUUCUUCCAUAUCGUCUGCGCUUGAUCAACUUAUCAAUAGUAUGUUCGAUCGACAUGAACUAAAAAAGAAAAAGAAAUAUUACUAUCAUCGGCAUAUUCAUCUUCAUUAUUAUCACACCUUAGAUUUGUCGCAUUUGCAAAAGGUUGCAGAUCAGUGA